AUGGGGCUACUCCUUGACCCGAAAUUGAGCAAGCCUUCCGAAUCAGAUUACUGGGGCACUCCAGACGACGGUGUUGGGCUGAGCGGCUGCUACAACGAAUAUAACCAGGCUGUCCAUGCCGAGAUAGGAAGCACCUCGAUCAUUACGAAGGCUGGCUACAAGGCCGACGCCUUGCUGACGUCCUUCCACAAAGACACCGAUCCCGAAACAUACUGCGCUUCCAUUAUGCCGGAUGUUCAAGAUACUCUUAGAGAAGGAGCAUACUUCGGCUUCAGUGUCCAUCCGUACGAGACGAUUUUCCUCAAAACGAACCGAGGGAUCAGUCCUUCGCUGGUCGCCUCUUUCACUCAAUGGUCGGAUGACAUGGGAUACUCAAGCUACGAGAGAUGCAAAGCAUAG